AUGGAUGGAAACGCAGACAAGACGUUCGAUGCAUUGAACUCUUCAAACGUUGAUACAAUGUAUCGGAUAUUAGGUAUCCUUGAUUCCGAAGCCAGUGAAGUGACUCCAGAAAGCAGAUUUGGCAGAGGAAUGCGACAUUUGGCUCGAGGAGGGGGGUCAUGUCGAACAGAUACAAAGACGACAUCAACUCAUAGUGAAAGCAAUGCCAAUGUCAAUGUCAAUGUCAAUGUCAAUGCAAGUGCCAAUGCCAAUGAUGAACACGACAUUUAUAACAAUUCUUUCAGUACGGAGUUUGGAAGGAACGUCUUCAAAUACGAGCUCUACAACUUCUUGAACAGAAACAACAUAUUGGCCGUGCACAAGGUAACUGAAAGCAAUUAUCCAUAUUCUUAUGAUUCCAUGUAUGCACAGUUUUCUAAGUCAUUUGGUUCGUAUUCCAGGACUCCAUUCCAUGCACUUGCAAGGCAGUUUGGGUUUGAUAAUGCGUAUCAGACUUUAACCCAAAGUUUUGUCACUGAAGACAGAAUGAAAUAUCGGAGUAUGGUUGACAAGAGUUUACUAUUGAUGGCUAACCUACAUGGUCUACCUAUUAUGAAUUCUAAGGAAAGAGAAAGCUUCCAAUAUAAUUUCCCAAUGCUUUAUAUUCCUCCAGCCCACAUGAGAGGAGGUGGAGAGUUUGACAUUUUAACCUUGAAUGAGACGUUUUUGAUGCAGGAAGAUGAACUUAAUUUACUCCCGUUUAUACUAGAUAACGAACUACCUGGGAAAACCAUUGAAAGAUGGCAGGCUGCCAAUCAUAAGACUUCUUCGUUUGGUGGUGGAAAACUCAUAAAGAAGCUUUGUGAUGCCAUGAACGUUGAAGGUGAACUUGCAUUUUCAUGCUUUGUCAAAAAGAUUUUUUACAAACUCGAGCCUGACGAUACUAACAUUCUUAUCAUGAAUGAAAUCCAAAAUUAUGCUAGAGGAUCCAAACCUAAUGAUCGAAUUAAGGCAAUUAUUGCUUAUAAAAGUAGGAUCCUUCGAAGAGCAAUCAAAAUCAGAAUGUUGAGUUACCGAAUUUUGGAAAUGAAUGUUGAAUUGAUGCCCGACAGAACCAUUGAACAAUAUUUGGCUCGAAGUUUCAAUCGUUAUUUUGCAGUGUUUGUACGAACAAACCCAACAGCUGCUGAACGUUGGUUAACGGACAUUAUUCUGAAUUAUAGUUAUCAGGAUUUAACUACAGAAUCAUUAUAUCAAGCAGCCUUAACUGAUUUCCGGGAUAUGGAGUUCGAUGCAAUUAAUUCCAUUAGCAUAGACACUUGGAGGGAAGAUGGUAAGGCAUUCAUGUAUUAA